CAGUUCAUGCACCCGAAAUUACAGUGAGAGCAGCAGCGGAUACACUGAGGGUACACACCAAUACACAACUGCUGAAACGCUGCAUCCUUGCGACCCCUGUGUCCCUCUCCAGCCCGCCGUCUUUCCCUUUCUAUCAUGAACCCCUCACAAGCACCCUGGAAUAGCAGCAAGGAUGACGACUUGCCUCAGAUGGACGGCACGUGUGAUGCGUGUGAACCAGAUGAGCCGCAGCCCGCCACGCAGUUGUGUGUGAUUUGCUGCUUUGCGUUUUGCGAGGUCCACGGUGAAAAACACACUCGAAGCACCAGACAUCCACUUCAGCCCUACAGCACCCCAGAACCCCCUGCAGAACCAGGACUCAGUGCCCACCCCCAGAGCAUCGAUGAGGCUCAGACUGAGGUACCUGAAAACAGGCUGGAGGGAGCCAACGCUGCUGAAAGUGGACGUGCAGGUGGUGGUGCAGGUGUAGAGAUGGAAGAAGAGGAAGAACGGAGUGCAAAUGAAUCACGAAAAAGAGAUACAGUGACUGUAGAGAGACUGAGGUGUAAGGAACAUAAUCAGGAGGGCUCGCUCUACUGCAAACAUGAUGAGAAGAUUGUGUGUGUGUUGUGUGCAGUCCAGGGUGAACACAGAGAGCAUGAGAUCAUCACACUCCGCGAGGCCUACAUAUGGCAGAAAAGUAAAGAGGGUGUUGAUCUGCUAGCACGCACUCAAGACAUGUCAGAGAAGAUCAAGACAAAGUGGACCAGUCCAGAUAUGAGCCCAGAGGAGUUGGAGUGCUACGUAAACCAGCAAUUCGAAGACCUGCACAGACUGGUGCGUAUGGAGGAGUGGCGUGUGCUUCAUUUGGUGGACCUGAAGGAGGCCUUUCUGACAGCGCAGGCUGCUGAGAAGAUCGCAGAAAUCAGUGUGCAGACUGAAAAACUGCAGGAGGAGAUGGACUCCAUCACGCAGCAGCUAGGUGAACUGGACCAGGCCGAGCAAAACGGUGUUGCACCAGCCAGUCUGGCACCUAUUCUGGCAGCACCGCCACGCCCACCUGGUGCUGUUCCUAUGGAAGCCAGGCCUCUGAUGGACCCUGAGGCCAGACCAAGACUACCGGCUCAGCGGCGAGGCCCACAGGACCCUCGAGACUAUGGAGAUGACGGAGAUUCAUCAAUGGGUCAUGCUCCUUAACAACAGCAGACUCUAGAAUCCUUACAUCUCUCUCCUGCCUUAGUACUGGUGAAGGCUGUUUUUCUUGGAACUAUAUUAGAAAUUUCUGCCAUUUUUGUUCAGUCACUGCAGAUGGGCUUGACAAUGGGCUUGAUUGCAAUCAAGGCAGCUUUUGUCACCAAUCAGAGACUAACAUCAUAAGGUAUAAGGUCUGAACGAUGCUGAUGUAAAUGGAAUCAAAUUUGUCUUUAGAUUUCUUCAUUGUUCUGUUAGGCUUCUGUUUUCUUGGACAACUCGACUUUUUCUGAGAACAUGGAUAUAAAAAGAGGAUGGAGCAUGUACAUGUUCUGAUCACUUUGCUGCAGAAUCGCUUGAAAGCAAACGCAAUUUUUAAUAUAGAGAAGUAAAAUAAGCUAUUUUAGCCUGUUUUUUUUUUCUUUUUUCCUUGUCCGUUGUCCAUCUGUAGCAUUACAGUCUUAUGCAAAAGUUUGGACACCUCUAGUUAUUAAUAUAUACACCGAUCAGCCAUAAGAUUAAAACCACCUCCUUGUUUCUACACUCACUGUCCAUUUUAUCAGCUCCUUACCAUAUAGAAGCACUUUGUAGUUCUAUAAUUACUGACUGUAGUCCAUCUGUUUCUCUACAUGCUUUGUUAGUCCCCUUUCAUGCUGUUCUUCAAUGGUCAGGACUCUCCCAGGACCACUA